UUGUUGUCAGACACAGACAGCUGAUUUCAGUAAAACGAAAACAAAAUCCAAACGUAAAAAACAUCUAAAAAAAUAUUUUCGUAAAUAAUUUUCAUGAACGUGUUGAAUGAAAUUAAGCUAUUCAAGCUUGUUUAAAGCUCCGUCUAAAAUCCUUUUACCGGCAUCUGUGUACUUUAGUGUUACAUAAUAAAAUAUAAUGGCAGCAAGAAAUGUCUUGAUCGGUGGAGGUACAGGCUUCAUAGGGAAGAACUUGGGCGAACUGCUCAUGUCAAAUGGUUACAAUGUCGUCAACGUGGCACGAAUGCCUGGGACCAGCAACAUAUCGUGGUCCACCUUGGAACACUCCGGCUUGCCAAAAAGAACUUGUGCUGUUGUGAACUGUGCUGGACAACAAUUUAUGGACUUCACCAAAUCCUGGACACCUGGAUUCAAACAAAAUGUGCAGAACUCUCGAGUCUACACAACCAAAGCAUUGGCUAAAGCUAUAAACGAAAGCAAGGAUAAGCCAAAAGUUUUCAUUGUGGUCACUGGUGUUGGUGCCUAUGAACCUUCAGACACCAAAAAAUAUGAUGAGAGUAGCCCUACCACUGGCAUUGACUUUUUCUCAAGGCUUGUUGUUGAAUGGGAGAAAGCUGCCAGUAUUGAUCCACCUGUAAGACUUGUAAUAAUAAGAUCUGGUGCUGUAUUAGGCCGAUGGGGUGGUAUGAUAAAAAACAUGUUUCUUCCAUUCUACAUGGGUGUUGGUGGUCGGAUUGGGUCGGGCAAGCAAUACCUGCCCUGGAUUCACAUAGAUGACCUCAUUCGACUUGUUCAUUUUGCCAUUGAAAAUGAUCACGUUGAAGGCAUCCUAAAUGGUGUUGCUCCUCAUGUUAUUACUAAUGAAGAAUUUACACAGUCUUUUGCCAAAGCAUUGCGGCGACCAGCAUUCCUGCCUGUGCCUGAGACAAUGCUGGACUUCUUACUCAACCCUGAACGCGCGAUGAUCAUGACCAAAGGUCAACACGUCAUACCUAAGAGAGUACUUGAGUACGGCUUCAAAUAUCGGUAUGGCGAUAUUGAUGAGGCCUGCAAGGAAUUCGCACAUCUAUGCCCAAAGAAGCACCCAUUAAAGUAGGUACAUCAAUUUCUGUUCGUAAAAAAUGAUUGAAAAUUAUUGUGCAGCAGUUCGGUUCAAAAUGCCUCAGUAAUUUAUGUAAAAAUUGUUUAUAAGUAGUGAACCGAGCUUUAAAAAUGUUUCACAGUGUUUAUCUGUUAUUUUUACAUCUUAUAUCAAAUUCUACAUCACAACAGCAUUUUGUAGGUUUGUGUAGUCAUUUUAUUGUUUAUAUUUCUAUUUAAGAUUUUAU